CUAGCAGCCUCAGGCAUCAAUCCUUAUCGGAGCACCUGACAGCUCUCCGAUUAUCUUCUCGAAUCCCGCGGGCAACUCUCCGGAUCGGCGCCAUUUUCUGGAGCCUCGAGAGAUAACACUCUUCCUCCAUGACAUCCUCGUCCUUCAUCACCUCCUGAUCAUGAGGAUUUUCCCCAUCCAUUCAUCAAUCAUCGCACAGUUGGAGGCAUGAUUGAACUCGGUCUUAGUCGGAUAGUCCGCCUGCUCCAGCAGACCCCGCUGACUUGGAAGGCCAUCCAUAUUGCUGGCACCAAUGGCAAAGGCUCGAUCAGCGCCUAUCUAUCGCACCUGUUGUCGGCGGGCGGAGUUCGCUGUGGGCGCUUUACCUCCCCUCAUCUGAUCGACCGAUGGGACUGCAUCACCAUCGGCGAAAAAGUCGUCCAAGAGUCGCUCUUCCGGCAGAUUGAAGCGAGAGUCAAGCUUCGAGAUCAAACACUAGGCAUCGGUGCAAGCGAGUUCGAGCUACUGACUGCGACUGCCUUUGAGAUCUUUAACCAUGAGCGGGUCGACAUCGGGGUGGUGGAGGUCGGGAUGGGCGGUCGCCUGGAUGCUACCAACAUCUUGACCGACGUUCUGGUUUCGGUCAUCGCGAAGAUCGGUCUGGACCACCAGUCCCUUCUUGGUGAUACCAUCGAACAAAUUACAAAGGAAAAGGCGGGGAUCUUGAAGCCAGGAGUUCCAUGUGUCAUUGACGGCACCAACUCGACGGAAGUGAUUCGGACUCUCGAAGAUCGCAUCAAGGAACUCAAGAUCGAUGCGGUUUACACACGUCCUAAUGUGCCGGAUAACCAUUCGCCAUCGCUUAGCCAGCUCUUCGCUACUCUCGAUCUACAGCCCCACCAGCGCGCAAACAUGUCCUGUGCUGUUUCGGCUCUCAAACUUGCCCUGCUCCGGUCCCGUCCUGAGAUCGACGUCGAUGCGCUCGUUCCACAACUGUCAAAGGUGGAGUGGCCGGGGCGCCUGCAGAAGAUCGCUUUGAAACCCUUGGCGGCUCGUGAGGAGCCUGUUCUGCUGGAUGGUGCGCAUAAUACACAGUCGGCUGAAGUUCUUGGAGAAUAUGUGGACCGCAAACUGCGUCCACAAGGGGGGAACGUCACCUGGGUCAUCGCGGCAUCCCGUGGCAAGGAUAUUGUUUCCUUGUUCCAUUCCAUAAUCAAGGCCGGCGAUCGAGUUGCGAUCACUGCAUUCGGCCCCGUUGAUGGCAUGCCGUGGGUUAAGGCAAAUGAUCCAGAGGAGAUAGUGUCGUGUAUCCAGUCGAUCGCAGGAAUCGGGCAAGUCCAGACCUUUGGGGAUGAUAUUCCUGCCGCUAUCAACUGGGCCUGCGAGGAAGCCCGUGGCGGUUCGCUGGUCAUCGCGGGCAGCCUUUAUCUGGCGUCAGACGUUCUUCGUCUUCUUCGUGAGGCACAAAAGCAAACAUAAAUUACGGCGACAAGUAAAUGACCUCUACUGACAGAGAUACCCUUUCCAUCAGCAGCAUUUGGCGUACCUGUAUAUAGCAUGCAUGAGUAAUGGAAUCGAUAUGUUGUUCCGAGG